AAUAUUAAAACCGAGCAAUAGGAGACAACCAGGACGAAAAACGACAACCCACAGUUGCAAGAGAACCAGGAGAUGGUUGGAUGUAUUAGAUUUUAAGGGUAUCCUUCCAGAUGAGAUUUUGUUGCUGUGGAAAAUUUGAAGCCCUGUUUUGAUGCCCUUGUUGACUGUGAAGAGAGCAUAGACUAUAAUAAUUCCAAACACGUUCCCUAAGCAGGAGCCUUGAUUUUCUUUGCCUGCACUGUAACAGUGAGAGAGAAACAGCUUCAAGAGGAUGAGUGAACUGGAACAGUUACGGCAAGAAGCGGAGCAACUGCGGAAUCAAAUCAGAGAUGCCAGAAAAGCAUGUAGUGAUACAACUCUUGCUCAGAUCACCACAAGUCUGGACUCAGUGGGUCGAAUCCAAAUGCGAACAAGACGUACACUGAGAGGUCACUUAGCUAAAAUUUAUGCUAUGCACUGGGGAUCUGAUUCAAGGCUACUAGUCAGCGCUUCCCAAGAUGGAAAAUUAAUUAUUUGGGAUAGUUAUACAACAAACAAGAUGCAUGCCAUUCCUUUGAGAUCUUCCUGGGUGAUGACCUGUGCAUAUGCUCCUUCUGGCAACUAUGUCGCUUGUGGUGGAUUGGACAACAUCUGUUCCAUAUAUAAUUUGAAAACCAGAGAGGGCAAUGUGAGAGUGAGCAGAGAGUUACCAGGGCAUACAGGAUACUUGUCCUGCUGUCGUUUUCUAGAUGACAACCAAAUUGUUACAAGUUCAGGGGACACCACCUGUGCUCUUUGGGACAUUGAAACUGGUCAACAGACCACCACCUUCACUGGGCAUACCGGAGAUGUGAUGAGUUUAUCCCUAAGUCCAGACAUGAGGACUUUUGUUUCUGGUGCCUGUGAUGCCUCCUCCAAGCUUUGGGAUAUUCGCGAUGGAAUGUGCAGGCAGUCUUUCACAGGGCAUGUGUCUGAUAUUAACGCAGUUUGUUUCUUCCCCAAUGGACAUGCAUUUGCGACUGGUUCUGAUGACGCCACUUGUCGACUCUUUGACCUGCGUGCAGAUCAGGAGUUAAUGAUGUACUCCCAUGACAAUAUCAUCUGUGGAAUCACUUCUGUAGCAUUCUCAAAAAGUGGUCGUCUCUUGCUAGCCGGCUAUGAUGACUUCAACUGCAAUGUGUGGGAUACUCUGAAGGGGGAAAGAGCAGGUGUCCUUGCUGGCCAUGACAACCGUGUCAGCUGUUUAGGUGUUACUGAUGAUGGCAUGGCUGUAGCUACAGGGUCUUGGGACAGUUUUCUCAGAAUCUGGAAUUAACUGGGAGACAAACAUGUACAUUCUCCAUUGAGAUCUGGAGAGAUCAAUGCUGCAGCCUAUAGCUGUGAAAUAACAUUUCUACCUUGUAUUUGCAGGUGAAGUUUUUCUAUUCACUGAUUAUUACACAAAAAGGCUUUCUGUAAACUAGAAAAAAAUCAAGUGAAGAAAUAGGGGUGGGGGUGGAGAAAUCACUGACUUUUAAAAAGGGGCCAGGCCAGCACACAUAAUCAUGGUGACUGAGAAACUAAGAGCCAGUCUUUUUUGUUUUUGGUGGUUUGGUUAGAUUGUCCUCGAGGGAUUUCUGCUUGUGCUCAAAGUCUGCUAAUUCUGUACUUUUUUUGUACAUAACAGAAUAUACACAUUAUAGCAGCCAAUCAUGUAACAUUUGUCUGUAUGUAAAGAAAUAUGUUUGCAUUUUUUAAGGAACUACAUUUAUAGCUUUGCAUUUAACCUGAGAUGUCACUUCUGAGUUCUGUAGUGGAUGAACUAGAUUGCUGUUUUAAACGCUUUUGUGAAUUUACUGUAGAUAAAGUGGAGCCAAUGGUAUGUAUGUGUUUUUAUAAUGGAAGGCAUUUGAAUUACUACUUUUUUUUUUUUUUUUUUU